AUGAAGUACCUAGGUGCUUUUCUGCAACGACAGCACCUCUUCGUUUCCCCUUUUCUUUUGUUCGCUUACACGUACAGGAUUGGCAAUCCGGGCAUGGUGGCCGGUUUAGGACAAGCCUUCAGUGCAGACAGUAGAGCCCUCAAAAAGUAUGAAAUUGGUGACUUUUUGGAGCGAAUGAUCAAUUUGGGGCAAAAUGAAGUGAUCCCCGCCUUCCGGGACACUCAAAUGGAUGACGGGGAUUAUGUUCUGUUGAAGAAUAUCCUCAUUUUCCACUCGGCUCAUGGCCUUUCCGAGCCGAGCGCGGCGAUUGUGCGUGAAGCGCGCAAGAAAUACGAAUGGAUGCUGUCACGAAGAAUUCGCCAAAGGUUGAAGGACGACGUCGACGCGAUCUACAAAAUCGCCAAGCUGAUGGGCACUGUGAAAAGUCUUGUGGAACUUGGCUUCAAACGGGCUCCAUACUUCUCGCGAUGUGUCGCCUUGAAUAUUUGCGGUUUACGAGGUCGACUCCCAGCUGAUGUAUAUAUUCUA